UCUGCAUGUGUGCAUCCUUUCCUCCAGCCCUCAGGUGUGUUACGACUCCGCCUCCGGUGAGUGGAGAGUAUAUCUACGGCAGCAAACUCUCCGAAACAGCACCUCAGCAGAGUCAGUUCACCGGAGACUGAAGGGCAAUAAAGCAGCUAUUCAUCGCGAGAGCUGAGACAUUAACACGCGCACAAUGGCUGGUGAUAAACGCUUUGUAAUCAGUGCCCGCAUUAUCGGAGCCGUCCACAGAGACUUACCCAAACUGAAGAUGUUCAUGAUCUCUGUGUUAUGGUCUGACGAGACUGAAGUGAUUGUUUACAGGUCCUUCCAGGAUUUCAAGAAAUUUCAUAGGCAGCUGAAAAAGAGAUUCCCUACCAUGAACCCUUUCAGGAAAAACGACAGAGUGAUCCCCAAAUUUAGAGGGCAGGCCAGGAAGAGCAGCCAGAAGAAAGGAUCCAAGCGAUCAGUCCAACGCAUGAAGUUCCUGGAGAGCUACUGCGACAAACUGCUCAAGUGCGACCAAACUGUAACUCAGAGCUCAGAGCUGGAACAGUUCUUCAUGCCCAAAGACCACGACCUGCAGUCGGACUUCACCAAGAACAGCAUCAUGAUCCUGAUGUCGGAUGAUCUGCCUGAUGGCUCAGGCGGAGGAGGAGGGAAUGUGACUCGCCAGCAUGCAGGCAGCGUCACUCACCCGUUUAUCACCCAGACUUACUGCUGCGUGUCUGCAUACGAGACAAAGGAUACCAAGAACCGUCCGUUUAAGGUCGCCGUGAACGAGAAGCUGGACGUGCUGAUCAAAGAUCCUGCAGGUUGGUGGCUGGUGGAGAACGAAGAUAAGACUCUGGCUUGGUUUCCUGCUCCCUACUUAGAGUUAUUGGACGGCGAGGCCGAGGAUGACGCUGGAUUCCAGCUUGCAGGUGCCCUGUACUGUGCCAUGAGGAGUUACACGGCGAAGAAUAAUGACGAAGUGUCCGUGCCCAUCGGCUCUGUGGUGGAGGUGCUGAGGAAGUCUGACGACGGAUGGUGGCUUAUCAGUUUCAAUGGCAAAGGUGGAUACAUCCCCUCCAUGAACCUGCAACCUUACAACAACCCACGAGCAGGCCUUUACACCCUGCAGAGAAAGCUGCACAGCUCCACUCUGAACCUGUCAACCCCCAGGGAAGCUCAGACUCUUCGUCCAUACAGCAUCAACGAAGAAGACGGCCCACACCCUGAGUCUGCAGGUCAGUCCAGAGGAGAGCGCGGGCGUCUCCUCAGGGCCCGAUCUCUGGAUGUCCUCUCUGAGACCUGGUCCCAAACACAGAUGGAGAGAGACGCCUCAACCGCAGAUGAUGCCCGUGCACGCAGCAUGAGCACCGACCGACGCGAGCGACACGAGCGACGCGGGCUUCUCCGACUUCUCCUCAAGCAGCGAAUCCUCCUCGAGUUUAAUUGAGGAAGCGCAGAAUCAGGGCCGCAC